AUGUUAAAACGAAAUAAUUUAAAGUAUUUUGGUUUGGCCGUAGCAACAUUAUUUUUCUUUCAUUGGGUGUUAACCAUUACCAAUCCAAGGUCGGAAUAUUCGAAACAAUGGUCUUCACCCGAGUAUCCCGUGGUUGACGGAGAAAUUGAACCACCACGUCCAAAACAUAAAGUUAUUGACCAUGGUUCGGAGAAUAAACAGCACGGUUCAGAACACAAGCAACAUGACUCGGAACAUAAGCAACACGAGUCGGAACAGAAACAGCAUGAUUCAGGACAGACACAGCCUGGUAGUAAUGUUAAAGCCGCCUUUGUGGUGUUGAUCCGAAACGGUGAUUUGCAUAGUUUUCGAGCCACCAUGAGACAAUUAGAAGAUAGAUACAAUCAUAAAUACAACUAUCCGUAUGUGUUCCUGAAUAACGAACCAUUUACCGAAGAAUUCAAGAUGCUCACUAGCGCGAUGACCAAAUCAAAAACCGAAUAUGGAUUAAUCCCUAGAAAACACUGGAGUGUUCCGGAAAUGAUUGAUUUGGAUCGUGUCAACAGGAACAUGGCCAAAAUGCGAGAAAAUAAUGUAAUAUAUGGUGACAGCCUGCCAUAUCGUCAUAUGUGCAGAUUUGAAUCCGGGUUUUUCUAUCGACACGAAUUAUUAGAAAAAUAUGAUUACUAUUGGCGAGUUGAACCUGGCGUUCAAUUCUAUUGUGAUUUGGACUUUGAUCCGUUCAUGUACAUGAAAGAGAAUGAUAUCAAAUAUGGUUUCACUAUUUCACUAUAUGAGUACCCGAAUACCAUACCUACUUUAUGGGAAAGUGUCAAGGAAUUCUCAAAAAAAUAUCCAGAAUAUAUAGAAAAAGAUAAUUUGAUGGAAUUUAUAUCUAAUGAUGAUGGCGUAUCUUAUAAUUUGUAUGACGAUGAUAUCACUUAUUUAAGGAGUGAGUUCUUUAAUAUUAAGUGGGUAAUUAUUCAUCUUCUAUUGCCACAGGUGUCACUUUUGGUCAAACUUUGA